CGACUGUUUUGUUGUUUAUUGAAUAUUUUCGUAUUAGUUUAAAAUUUUUUAAUCUUUUUAGAACUAGUAGAAUUGUUGUAUUCGAAAUACUGUAGUUAUGGAAGAUGAAGAUUUCGUCUUGGUCGAAAAACAGAAAGACGACUGCUCUAUUGCUAAACCAAAUCUAUUUGGAGUUGUGGCUCAAGCCGUAUUAGAAGAGAAAUCUCACAGUUUGAUAGAAGUUUUGGCUAGGCGAAAGAAAACCAACAAAUCCAUUAAUGAAGAUUAUUCGGACGAUAGAGAAACUAUUCGUCGCAGAUUGAAAGAUAGCGAUCAUAUUAUUUCAGAACUGUUUCGAGAUGGUCGAGAACUUAUUCAGGAUAUUCAAGUAGCUAAUGAUAAACGAGAAGUACAAAGGCGGGUCAGAGAAGCGGAAAUAAGAGAGGAUCUUUUGGAAACGUUACAUGUGGAAACAGUCGAAGCAAUGGCUAGAUUUGAGUGCAUUUCAGAGAAAUGGAAGGAAAUCAAAGAGUUAAAAGAUCCAAUGGGUAUAAACGAUGAGUUGCAGUUACAAAAACAUAGGAUUAAAGAUUUAAUGAAACAAAAAGAUAUUAUAAUCCAAGAAUGCCAGAAAGAAUUAAAUGCAGCAGAUGAACGCUAUACAAGAGACUUGCUGAAACAAACAACUGAUAUUCAUAGUCUUAUUUCGAGAAUAGAUGAUCAAAUCGAAAUAAUCAAACGCGCGUUUAAAGAGCACGUAGAUUUAUUAGAAAAUACAAUUGAUGACGAAAAGCAAACAUUGUGUAUGUCAGCAUCUAAAAAUUGGGACGAUCUAUACACAAGACGUGCAGUGAAUGAACGUAUAAAAAUUAAACAAGAGAUAGAGAGGCUGGAAUUUUAUCGAAAUGAAAUUGAUAGGGUUGAACAAGAACAAAUUGAAGUAGCGAGAGCAACGCGUAUCAGAUUAGAGCAGGACAAUCAAGUCCUAGAAAUUGAACUACAAAAAGUUAAAACGAAAACCACUCUCAACUCAGAAAAAUUGGACUACAAUUUUCAAGUAUUGAAGAAACGAGAAGAUGAAAACCUUUUGGUUCGUAAUGCUCAAAAACGUCGCUUGACCAAACUAAACGAAACGAUUUUUCAUCUGCGGAAAAAAAUUAAAGAUGUUCAGAUGAUUUGCUUGAUGGAGGUCGAAAAAAUUACAUCCGAUAUUAUCGCAUUGCAAACUAAUAUAAACCAUAUUAACUCCAAAGUAAAUGCAUUUUCAGAAAUGAAUGAUAAAAAUUAUCACCACGUUUGGCAAAUGCAUAAAAACGAGUGUAUUACCAUGUUAAACGACGUUUUGAAAAUUGACGAAGAGCUCGUAGAAAAACAUUUAGGACUAAAAUGGCAAACUCCGCCUAUGAAGGAUGAUCGAAUACAGAAAAUACUUCAUAAAACAGAUAUAGUAUUGGAUGGAGAUCAGUUGUCAUGUGGCCCAAGCCCCGUAAGUAGACUUGAAAGUACAAAUGAAAUCAAAGAAAUAUGGGAUACUUUGCAAACUAUAAUAAGGCAGGCUGGAUUCCUUGCUGACAAUAAUGCAAUAAACAUAUCUGAACAAUAUACUCAGGAUAAAAAGCAUUUGGUACGCAUAGAUACCAUACUAAAUGCACUGGGAGUUUCAAAUUGGGACGAUGUGCAGAAACUGAAACAAAAAUUGAAAUAUGUGACGAGUUCCAGCUGUACAAGAAAUUGUGAAUAUUUCAGAGAUCCAAAUUUAUUUGACGCGGAGCAAAAUGAAGUACAUUUCAAGGAUUCUGAGGCCGGAUCGAUUGGUCCAGAGUCGAUCUCGCUUAUUAUCCCAUCAAACAAACAAUGUGAGCCUGAAGGUUCUCUGGAGCAACUAAUACACGUUGAAUCAAUAUCAACAACCCAAACGUAUGAAGGUAUAAUAAGAAAAACUUCUGUCAAAACCCAGAGAGAUUACUGGUUGAACUUCAAAAACAUAUUUUCUGCCGAUAAAUUUAAUGUGUGGAAUACGAUGGAGAUAAAUUUGAACCAUUAUGUAAAAGUUUUAAAAGAACGACAAGAGUUAGACGAUGAAUGCGAAUUCUUGAGAAAGCAAAACAUGGAACUUCAGCAUAUUAUGCAAAAAAUGAUGAUGCCAAAAACAGAAUCGAUGGAAUAACUUUACUAGUCGCUUCUAUUAUUUUUAGGGUCCAAUGAAAAACAAUAAGAAAGGUGAGUACGAUCAGCCAAUCUACUUGUUUCGGGAAAAAACACUUUUAAAAGUAUGUGGUCCCAUAAGCUUUUUUACUGGUUAGUGGAACAAAAUGCUUUGUGAGAUGAUAGUUUACGACAUCAAAUAUUCAAAAUUUUGAGUUGUGUCAUUAACCGACGAUAUAGUGAUAUAUUCACUUCUUCACAAUGCACUUCGUUUGGAGAUAAACACUCUGGCGAUACGCUACAGUUUUCAAGGAAUCAUUUGAAUUCUUGGAAAGCUGUGAAUUGACUUUUACUAUCUUCCAGCAAACUAUUUUACUACCGGAAACACGCGACUUUGCAUUCUUCAUGUUAAUUACGGGCGAGAUCUGUACGCGGCCGUAGUCACAGGAAGCUGAGGUCUAUACCGGGUGCGCUUGAAGCUUCCAAUGCCGAACUUGAGUGAAACAUACCAGCACGAGAGCAUGAGAGAGAGACUGCUGCUGCUGGACUACUGCUGCUGUUGGGACCACUGUUGCUGCUGGGACUAUUGCUACUGCUGCUGGGACUGCUGCCGAAUUGUUGCCUCCAAGUAGUUCUGUGGAAACUCUAGGUACAACUAUUACUACAUGGUCCAACGACAACUGGAAAGCUCAGAAAUGUUCAAAGGGAUCGGUAAACUUGCUUCAGCGGGAGAACCUGGACUGAUUCGAAAAAUUAAGCGAUUGCGACAUCGAUCGGGCAAGCAAGCCUACACAAUCGGAACGCUGCAUUCAUACACAUAUCCUGUUGUUACCAGGAAAUGAUUUAUUUAAAGAACAAACAAAAUAAAAUUCAAUGUAAUCUUAUGUACGCUUUUCCAAAUGAUAGAAUGAUCAAAAUAAACAAAAAGAAUA